CCCGAUCCGAGCGUGAUGCAUGGGAUGACAGAUCCCGAUCCGAGCGGGAUGGAUGGGCGACUGUCAGGAGUAGGCGAGCGUGGUACAGGGGGAGCAGGCAGAGAAAAGUCAGGGUCACAAGCCGGGUUCAGUAACUCACGGACAGCGAGGUACAGGGGAUCAGGCAGAAGGAUGGUCAGGCAAGCCAGGGGUUCAACAGGAGAUGGUCAGCAGAGGUCAGGAUCAAGCAGGGUCAGCAACGAGGCAGGAACACAGGAUACCAGGCUCAUGGGAAAGCAU